UGCCAACCCAAGACAGAUGUGGAAUUCCAGUUGUUGACCCAUUUCUAGUAGAAAGGUCUGAGAGAAACACAAAUGUGCUGCCAGCCAAGCUUGGGGAGCCUAGGGUGGUUGGUGGCCAUGCCGCACCUGCCAUGUCGUGGCCCUGGCUCGUCAGCCUGCAGCACCAAGGACGACAUUUCUGCGGAGGGGCUCUGAUUGCGAAACAGUGGGUCCUGACAGCGGCACACUGUAACUUUGGUACUGUCACAGACAACCUGGUAAUAGGAAGAAGUUACCUCUCGAACAUGAGGAAUAGUGAUUUGCUGCCAGUGAAAGCUGUGUACGCUCACCCCGGCUUCACACCAUUUCCUCCUAAUGAGGAUCUCUCCUUGUUGCAUCUGGAAAAACCCGUUGAACUAGGAGAAUUUGUAUCUCCAAUCUGUUUGCCAGGGAAAGAUGAUAAAAUAAAUUUACUUUCCAAAUGUUUGACUGCUGGAUGGGGAAUAACUGAACCACAUCAUGAGUAUAUUCACUACCUCUUGCAAGAUUAG